CUCAACUCGGUCAGAACUCAAGAACUACUGAACUUCCUUGGGUCUUAGAUCACACAAAAUCUUUCAGAGAAAUCUGAAAUUGAUUACAACUUAUUGUUGAUAAGUUGCAACAAUGUCUCAGUUCCUUCACCAAAGACCGUUACACAGUCCGUUAUCAGAUCCCUACCCAGUUUCUCCACGGAAUUCAAUAUCCUUCCAAAGACCAAUGUCACUUCUCAAUCGAACAACCGUUCUAGUCUUACUCACUCUCUUAGUCCUACUCGGAGUAAUCCUUCCUUGGAUUGGAACGCCCCAAUUCAUGUUCCCAAACACCACCUCCUCUCUCGCCAAAUGGCGCGAUUACACUCUGUCUCAAGCAGUGUCGUUCGUAGCCAAGAACGGAACUGUGAUUGUUUGUGCUGUGAGUCAACCUUACUUACCUUUUCUGCAAAACUGGUUGAUUAGUAUUAGCCGGCAAAAGCACCAAGAUAAAGUUCUGGUGAUUGCAGAGGAUUAUGCCACUCUUUAUAAGGUUAACGAGAAAUGGCCCGGUCACGCCGUGCUCGUUCCCCCCGCUCCCGAUUCACAAACUGCGCAUAAGUUUGGUUCUCAGGGAUUCUUCAAUUUUACAUCUCGAAGGCCUCGCCAUCUGCUGCACAUAUUGGAACUUGGGUAUAAUGUUAUGUACAAUGAUGUUGAUAUGGUCUGGUUGGGAGAUCCAUUCCGAUAUUUAAAGGGAAAUCACGAUGUGUACUUCACCGAUGAUAUGGCUGCGGUUAAGCCACUCAACCACUCCCAUGAUUUGCCGCCUCCUGGGAAAAAGGGACGCACUUAUAUAUGUAGCUGCAUGAUUUUCAUGAGGCCCACUGAUGGAGCGAAAGUAGUUAUGAAGAAAUGGAUUGAAGAGCUUCAAGCUCAACCAUGGUCCAAAGCAAAGAAAGCAAAUGAUCAGCCUGCGUUUAACUGGGCACUGAAUAGAACAGCGGGGCAGGUGGAUCUGUACCUGCUGCCCCAGGCAGCAUUCCCAACUGGAGGACUAUACUUCAAGAACCAGACAUGGGUACAAGAAACUAAAGGGAUGCAUGUAAUCAUACAUAAUAAUUACAUCACAGGUUUUGAUAAAAAGAUAAAACGCUUCCGUGAUUUUAGUCUCUGGUUGGUGGAUGAUCACGCCCUGGAAUCACCAUUAGGCAGGUUAUAACAAGGGGGUAACCAUAUGAUCUCUUUCUGCUGAAUUAAUAAGGCAUUAUUUGUCAACCUUGAUGGAGUUCAGCUUGCCGAGGGGUCAUCUUUCUGCUCAUGAGCCGGCAUCAUGGAAUCGAAGGGAGGAAUCUGAAAAUGUAGUAGUGAAAUUGCUGGGUUUUUUAAUUGUAUUUUUGGCGGGGUUUAAGUUUGCAAAAAGUCAGAUAGAUCGUAUGUCUUGAAAUUGGUUGGCAAUGAAGGGGCCGGAAUUCAUUACAUAAGGUGUGUGCAAAAGCAUCUGAGUCAACUUGUUUUAACCAAUCAGAUUGUAGCCGGGUUGCUCAACUCGACUGUCUCAUUCGAAGAUGUCAUGACUCAUGACUCCUCAACCUCCUUUUAGGAGAAAUUUUGCUUCAACAUUUAUGUGAGACGCUGUUUUGUCGGUUGUAUAAAAUCAACCGUGUGCUGCGUGGAUAUCAAGUUGUUGUACAACUAAAGGAGUAAAGCAGAGAGACAAAAUUACCUUUUUUUUU